GUUAUGGGCUCCGGGUUGCUCUCGGCCUCUCGCGCUACCAGGAGCUGGGGCAUCGUCCAGCAGCUCCGCGUGGCCGCGACGAACGGCGAUGAGGUGGAGGUCUCCCGCUGUGCGCAUAGUGUAGAUAUUCGCUCCUCCAAUUCCUCCUCCUCUCUCUGUUCUUCCACUAAAAUCUACCAGCGAGGUAAUCUCUGGCGAUGGACUGACUCCCUUCCAAUUGGGCAGCGAUUAAGCUCCACUACACCUCCCUAUCCAUCCCUUGGGUGGCUGAGUCAGAGCCGGCGCGAGUGCUGCGAUUCAGUGAGGCGAGCGCGAUCCGGGAUUGGGGCGGCCGAUCAAGCGGCCGCGAUGACGCCGCAUCCGACGGAACCGGAGGCAGGAACACGAGCAAGAAGAUGAAGAUAGAGGCAUCUAGUUAGCGCAGUGGGGGACACCGGACUACCGGAGCUCUUAGCAGCAUGUGGGGAAGGAGAGGAGGCGCGGACCUCCAUCUCCAGGACACCAAGACAGCGCGGCGCGGGAGAGCGCGAGUUCGCACGCCAUUGGAGACUCGCUCCGGCCUCUCUCAGCUGCUGGAAGAAGUCCUGGGACCUUGCUUGCAAACUCUAGGGAGUCAUUGGAUCAGAUACAGAUGCUGGAUAUGGAGGAGAAAGGUACGCCGUGACUUUACGGAGGAAAGUCACUGAAUCUCGCUCCCGCCGCCGGGUAUUCGCGGGUCGGCGCUCCAUGGGUCAUCGAUUUGGGGAGAAGGCAGAUGAGAUGGCUCAGGAUAAGGUUUGGGGAUGGGUAAAAAUGGAAAAACGGCGAUAGACAGACAAAUUCUAACGGCGUCAUAGUGAUUUUUUAAAGAAAAAUAACGUCAAUGGCAAGGGAUGGAGUUAAAUUUCCAAUGGUAUAGAAGGGAUGAGCUAAAUUUUUAAUCACGUAUAUGGAAUUUUCUCUUCUUCUUCCUGCAGGACGGCAGAAGCAGAGGCUUCCUUCUCUGAUCCUCCACCAUGCGCCACACCCACCCCCCGAUCCCUGGCCUUCCUCGCCUCGUCCCCGUCAGCCACCACCAGGCAACAGAGGGGCCAUCAUAUAGGAAGUGGUUGCUUAUUUCCAUACCCACUCAACACCAUUGCUGAAGCUUUCCAUCAAAAAAAGGGAACCCCACUGCUGAGGCUCACAGGGGACCAUGGAAGCAACAGCAGAUGAGGAGAGGCCACUGAUUCCUCACCUCCAGUCGCAGGAUGUAGAUUCGCUGUAUACUGGGGAUGGAACGGUUGAUAUUAACAAUCAGCCUGCUCUGAAACGGACCACAGGAAAUUGGAGAGCAUGUUUCUUGAUCUUAGGUACCGAAUUCUUUGAGUGCUUUGUCUUUUUCGGAGUUGCGAAGAACCUGGUCACUUAUCUCAGGGGUGAACUCCAUGAGAGCAAUGCCGAUGCUGCAAAGAAUGUCUCUACCUGGAUCGGCACUUGCUUCGUCACACCAGUUAUCGGGGCUUUCUUGGCCGAUACAUACUGGGGUAGAUACUGGACAAUAGUAAUCUCCCUAUCAAUUUACAUAGUUGGUAUGCUAACAAUGACGGCCUCAGCAUGGCUACCACUGCUCAUGGACCCACUACACGACAGUGGCAUUCGUCAUGUCGUGGUGUACCUGGGACUCUACCUAGUCGCCCUCGCAGGAGGCGGCAUAAAGGCCUGCGCCUCUGCCCUUGGUGCCGAUCAGUUUGAUGGCGCCAACCCGGUGGAGAGGGUCGCCAAGGCGUCCUUCUUCAACUGGUACUACUUAUCCAUCAACAUUGGCUCCCUGCUGUCCGGGACAGUUCUUGUCUGGGUGCAGGACAAUGUUGGAUGGGGAAUUGGUUUCUGGAUCCCGACGGUUCUCGUGGUGUUUGGGCUGGCCGCUUUCGUCACCGGUAGGAGGGUGUACAGGUACAAGAAACUACAAGGGAGCCCUCUGAAAAGAGUCUCUCAGGUGGUUGUUGCAGCUGUAAGGAACUACAAUUUGGGGUUGCCUGAAGACUGUUCUACUCUGCAUGAGGUGCCUUCCCCAACUAAGCCAAAUUGCAGGAUUCAGCAUACCUUUCAAUUCAGAUUCUUUGACAAGGCUGCCAUCUUAGUGACAUCGUCCCACGAGAAAGGCCAACCAGUGUCCGAGAACCCUUGGAGGCUCUGCACUGUCUCCCAGGUUGAGGAGCUGAAGAUGCUGCUCCGGAUGUUCCCCGUCUGGGCAUCCAUGGUGCUGUUCUCCACGGUGAACGCGCAGAUGUCGUCAACGUUCAUCGAGCAGGGGGCGGUGAUGGACAACCGCGUCGGCUCCUUCACCGUGCCGCCGGCGUCACUGGCGACCUUCAACGUCAUCAGCGUCAUGGUCUGCAUCCCCGUCUACGACGCCGUGCUGGUGCCGCUGGCCCGCCGCGCCACCGGCAAGGAGCGCGGCCUGUCACAGCUCCAACGCCUCGGCGUCGGGCUUGCUCUGUCCGUGGCCGGCAUGGUGUACGCGGCGCUGGUCGAGGCACGGAGGCUGGUCCUCCAAAGGACUGGCACGCUGAUGAGCAUCAUGUGGCAGGCUCCGGCGUUCGCCGUACUCGGCGCGGGGGAGGUGUUCACGGCCAUCGGCAUCCUCGAGUUCUCCUACGAGCAGUCGCCGGACGGUAUGAAGAGCCUGGGAACGGCGCUUGCGCACCUCACUAUUGCUGCUGGGAACUACCUCAACUCGGCGGUGCUCGGCGCCGUCGCAGCUGUUACGGCGCGUGGCGGGAAGCCCGGGUGGAUACCGGACGACCUGAAUGAGGGGCACCUGGACUAUUUCUUCUGGUUGAUGGCUGCUCUAGGCGUGGUGAAUCUGCUGCACUUCUUGCAUUGCUCCUUGAGAUACAGAGGCAACAACAACUGACUAAGGGAUUUGCUCCUAUCCCGAUAACUAUGCAGGAAAGAAGAAGGGAUUUGCUCCUAUCCCGAUAACUACGCAGGAAAGAAGGAUAAGUUGAGAGUAAAUGCAUGGAGAAAGUGUAAGGAUACAAUCACUACAAGGGAUUUGCUGAUUAGUGAUGAAUCAAAAUGCGUCAUAAACAUGUUUUUAGCGGCGUUCAUCAUUAAUCGAGCAUCAUAAACUGCGAGUAGUGAUAUUAUAUUUCGGGGCGUCACUAAGAUUAGAAGUCGCCACAACAUUAUUUUUCAAGUUGCGCGACGUUCGAAGCGCUAAAUGUUAUGACAAUUUUAUUCAUCAUAAAUUGAAGGUUAGUCCA